AUCAUCAUUUGGGUACUUGCCAACAGUAACGAGUCACAUUUAACUGAAGAUGAAAUAAUUUUUAGUUCACAAUUAAUUCCAAUAUGGCCCAAAAACCAAUAGCUGAAACAGGCAGCUCAACUAAAACACUCGACGAAGGAGAUGCCAAUAAAGAGCCAGAAGCACCAACACUUCUAUUGCGUCUAGAACAGCCACGCGAUGAACGUCGGGUGGUAUUUCAUGCCGGAGUCAUAGACAAUGAGCAUAUGAAUCGCAAAAAGUCAAAAUGUUGCUGCAUUUACAGAAAACCUUUGGCAUUUGGCGAAAGUUCCUCCGAAGACGAUGAGGAUUGCGAGCAUUGCUUUGGACAUCCCGAGAGGCGCAAGAAGAACUCCAAAAACCACAAUCACGAUCACAGUCAUGAUCAUGGCGAUGAGUCGUGUCCUUUGGCGAGGUCCAACGAAGAUCCCUCAACGUCAACACAAGCAGCAACAGCAGCAGCAGCUGCUGCUUCCUCAAUUCCUUCCGAUACACCUGCUCCCACACAGGAGGCACCAACCCCGGAUGAGUUUGAACGACUAGCUGAAUCUUGAAACAAAAAAAACCUUUACACACUUUAAUCUUAUACAAAAACUUUAACAAUUUGAACAAAAUUUUGUUUAUCCUAAUAGAUUGUUCUAAAUUCUGUUUCAUAGCUUCUCUAUAAAAAAAAAAACUUGAAACAAAUUUUUACUUGUUAGUCAACUUUUGCCAAUAACAAUUAAGAACGCUGUAAAAUUUUAGGGAAUUACGAAUCAGAAUUGAGAACAACAUCAUUAUGCAUAUACAGAGAUGUAUUAUAUUAUAUAGAACACAAAAAAACUAAACCACUGAGAUAUAUCAAAA